AGGCUUUGGCGGGUCAUGGAGUGGCAGCUGCUGGUCUCUGUGUGGAGGCCGGAAGCGCGGCUGGGAAAGACUUCUAUCUCCACAGCGCGGACCGGAAGCGCGGCUGGUCCAAGAUGGCGGCUGGGAAAGGCCUCUAUCGCCACCGCGCAGACCGGAAGUGCGGCGCGGGCCCGGAAACGGCCGCGGCAUCCCCGGGGCAACAUGGUCUACGUGGCGGACGGGCAAGUUGUGGACAACAGGAGCCAAGCACCAUGGAGGCUCUCGUCAAUCGUGCAGUUUUUCUGGGGAAUAGUGGAGUUUGUUGCUUUCUUCUUUCGGACGCUGUUCAAUCCAUCUGGAGCCGAAUCUAAAAGGACUGGAAAUCAGUCGUCAUGGGGCAGACCUGAUGAUGGACGAGGCCCCCCUGGAGUUCCGCGGAGAAGAAUGGGUCGGAUAAACCACGGCGGGGGCCCGGCAGCACCGCCAAUGUCAGGGGGAUGAGGAAGGUAA